AUGUUGUUUCGAUGGUGUUUCGGGGUGUUAAUAAUUCUUCAAACAGUUCUCUGUUUAGAAUCCUGUGCAAUGUACGGUAAUUGCGGAAAAAAGUCAAUAUUCGGCGCUUCAUUGCCCUGUCCGGUGAGUGCUGAUUUCAGGCCACCGCUUGUUGAUUCAAAAGAUAUCCAGUUUCUAGUUGAUACAUGUGGAGAAGAAUGGAAGCAAUAUGACAGAUUAUGUUGUACAAGAGAGCAAAUGGUUGCUUUGAAAGAAAAUUUGAAUAAAGCAGAAAGUAUAAUUGCAUCUUGUCCCGCUUGCAAAAAAAAUUUCGAAACUAUCUUCUGUCACUUUACGUGUUCUCCACACCAACGUCACUUUGUUGAUGUUAUUGAAACCAGUGAAUCAAGAGAUGGUAGAGAGAUAGUCGCUGAAUUGGACGUUUUUGUUAACGGUUCGUGGGCAUCUGAGUUUUACGAUUCUUGCAAAAAUGUCAAGUUCUCAGCUACGAAUGGCUAUGCCAUGGAUUUAAUUGGUGGUGGUGCUACUAACUAUUCAGAGUUUAUGAAAUUUAUGGGAGAUGAAAAGCCAGCUUUAGGUGGCUCUCCUUUCCAAAUUAACUAUAAAUAUGAAGCAAAAGAUUCUCUUGCUUUGUUCAAUGAAGAUGUUUAUCGUUGUGACGAUAAGGUUUAUAAGUGCGCAUGUGCUGAUUGUACAGAGUCCUGUCCAAGCCUUGAUUCCAUUAGAACUGGUCGUUGUAUGGUAGCUGGUAUACCAUGUGCAUCGUUUUUCUUUAUGGUAACAUAUGCUGUUCUGUUUGUCGCAAUAGGUGUAUGGCAUGUUCACAUAUUCAAAGAGAAAAGGAAGGCAAAACAAGCAUCAAAUAUAACACAGAGCCCUGAACCUCUUUUGAGUGAGGGAAACACAAGUGAUACAGUAAAUGAUAACGGUUUAUUUGUAGAGUAUGCUUCAGAUAGGAAUAUGGCAAAUGAUUCAAUUUCAAAACUGCUCUCAAAACUUGUUUCCAAGUGCAUUGAAAACCCAAUUAGUGUAUUAUCAUAUACAUCAAUCCUAGUCUCAGUAUUACUAGCUGCACUAAUUUUAUUUGGUGAGUUGGAAACAAAUCCUGUUAAUCUUUGGGUUAACCCCAGCUCGUCAAAGUUCAAAGAAAAGGAGUAUUUUGAUAAGAAUUUUGGUCCAUUCUAUAGGACAGAGCAAAUAUUCAUAGUAAAUGAAGAUAAACCUGUGUUGGAGUAUGAAACAUUGAAAUGGUGGUUCCAAGUAGAGGAAAAUAUAACAAAGGCACUAAAAUCAUCAGAAAAUGUAACCUACCAGGAUUUAUGCUUUAGACCAACUGAAGAUUCCACAUGUGUGAUAGAAUCAAUCACACAAUAUUUUGAUGGAAUACUCCCAGAUGAAAAUUCUUGGAAAGACCAAAUUAAACUCUGUACUGAUUCCCCAGUGAAUUGUUUACCAUCUUUUCAGCAACCACUCAAAACAAACCUUCUCUUUAGUGAUGAAGAUAUAUUCAAUGCAAAUGCGUUAGUUGUGACACUUCUAAUUUCAAAUCAUUCUGAAUCUGCAGUUCUCUGGGAGCAAGCGCUAGAAAAUCAAUUGCUCCUUCAAAAGCCUCCAAAAGGAAUAAGAAUUAGCUUUAACACAGAAAUGUCACUAGAAAAGGAGCUUAAUAGCAGUAAUGAUAUUGUUAUUGUUUCCUUAUCCUAUUUGAUCAUGUUCAUAUAUGCAUCAUGGGCUUUAAAACGUAGAUCUGGUGGAACUCGCUAUCUUUUGGGUUGCGCAGGUGUUCUAAUAGUGUUUGCUUCCGCCAUAUCGUCAGCAGGUGUUUUGAGUAUACUAGGUAUUAAAUCGACACUUAUACUAGCAGAGGUAAUACCAUUUUUGAUUUUAGCAAUUGGAAUUGACAACAUAUUUCUAAUUACCCAUGAGUAUGAUAGGGUUGAUGAAAGUAAUCCUUCAUUGUCUCUAGAUGAAAAAAUAAUAAAGUGCAUGCGUAGAAUAUCGCCCUCUAUUGUUUUUUCAUUUAUUUGUCAAGGGGGGUGCUUCUUAUUAGCUACCAUAGUAGAAAUGCCAGCGGUAAGAAAUUUUGCCAUAUGUGCGGCAGUCGCUGUCUUUUUCAACGUGUUGUUACAAUCGACAAUUUAUGUGUGUCUAUUACACUUUUAUGAGAAGUAUUACGAUGCUUCUAAUAUAAUAGAGGUUUCAAAUGAAACUUCUGAUAAUACUGAACAAAAUAAUAGUCUUUUGGAAAGAUACUUCACGUUAAUCGGCAAAAAGAGGAAGAUACUAGGUAUUUUCUUUUCCUGGUUUUUGAUAUCUCUAAUAUUUGUACCUUAUGUGAAAUUUGGUUUGGAUCAAACAAUGGCAGUCCCACAAUCCUCAUAUCUAGUUAACUACUUCAAUGAUGUCUAUGAAUAUUUGAACGUCGGUCCCCCAGUCUAUUUUGUUGUUAAAAAUCUUGACUUAAAAUCUAGGCCAGGUCAGAAAAGCAUAUGCGGUAAGUUUACUGAAUGUGAUGAAUAUUCAUUGAGCAAUAUCUUAGAAAUAGAAAGGUCAAGAUCGACAAUAGUGGAGCCAGCAGCAAAUUGGUUUGAUGAUUUUAUGAUGUUCUUGAACCCUGAAUUAGAUCAAUGUUGUCGAUUGAAAAAAGGUACGGAUUCUGUAUGUCCUCCUUCGUUCCCUCCACGCAGAUGUGAAACAUGCUAUAAAAACGGUGAGUGGGAUUACAAUAUGGAUGGAUUCCCGGAAGGUGAAGAAUUCAUGAAAUAUUUCGAUAUAUGGAUCAACUCGCCAAGUGAUGCAUGUCCUCUAGCUGGAAAAGCCCCAUAUUCAUCUGCUGUUUUAUAUAAUAGCACCGAUGUUAUUGCUUCCACAUUUAGGGCCGCUCAUUCACCUCUAAGAUCACAGGAAGAUUAUAUUCAAGCUUAUGAAGACGCACAAAGGAUAGUUAAUGAAAUGAAAGGUUUGGAUGUUUUCGCAUACUCACCUUUCUACAUUUAUUUCGUGCAGUAUUCAACGAUAGUGCCACUAACUUUGACAUUAUUAUCGGCAUCUAUACUUUUAAUCUUCCUAGUGUCCUGGUGGAUUCUUGGAUCCAUUUAUACUUCCAUUAUUCUUUCAGGUACAGUCUGUAUGAUAAUUGUUGAUAUUGGAGCUAUGAUGUAUCUCUUCGGAAUUAGACUCAAUGCGGUUUCCUUGGUUAACCUUCUAAUCUGUGUUGGUUUGGCUGUUGAAUUUUGUGUCCAUAUUACGAGGGCAUUCACUAUUGUUCCAGUUGGUGUUAAAAAAGACAACGACUCGCGUGUACGCUACACUAUGACCACUAUUGGAGGCUCUGUCCUCAAAGGGAUCACCAUGACAAAAAUUAUUGGCAUUUCGGUUCUUGCUCUAACACAAUCAAAGAUUUUCCAAGUAUUUUAUUUCAGAAUGUGGGCAUCUUUAAUAUUCGUAGCCUCUCUUCACGCCCUUAUCUUUUUGCCGGUUGUUCUAAGCAUGUUCGGUGGUAAGUGCUUCAUUGAAGGUGAGUCAAGUAUUACAUUAGAAGGAUGA